CCACGAGAUGAAGAUGUGGUAUCUGUACCUCUUUUUGUUACCGCUAACUGCGAGCUUGAUACCAGAAGAUGAUCCCCAUUGUAAGCCCAAUCUCUGCAUGAACUCGGAAAUUCAUGUGGGCUGCUUUCAACCUAAGGCAGUAGGUGAGCAAUGCGGGAAAAACAAUCUGUUCCUGAACGUUAAUGGAGCCUUGAAGACUGGCAUCCUCAGCAGGAUCAACAUGUUGCGCAACUAUGUGGCCAGUGGAGUGGGCAACUAUUCGGUAGCCGCUCGCAUGCCGACGAUGGGCUGGGAUUUUGAACUGCAGAGGCUGGCGGAUAGACAGGUUCGCCAAUGCGAUGAGACGGGAAAGUUUUGCGCCAAUACCGACAAGUAUCACUAUGUGGCAACCACCGAAAUCCGUAGCAAGAUGGGACGGACCAAGAGCCUUAAAAGUGCGAUUUUAGAUAAAUUGCUGCCGGAGUUGUUUCUGGAUGUCAUGGGAUGCAUGAUGAACAGUCAGAAAUUAGUGCCAGUAAGAGAAGGAACCUGUGUGGGCCACUAUAUGCCCCUGAUUCAGGACCAUGGUUCUCGUAUGGGAUGCGGCCUUCGUGUGAAAGGUAGGGACGAGAAGGAGUCAAAUAUUAUCCUGCUCUGCCACUUUUCGCGGGCCAGUGUGAACAACCUGGUUCCGUACGAAGAGGGCCAGAUUCCUGCCGGGAAGUGCGCCACUGGACCGAGCCAGAUGUACCAGUUCCUCUGCAGCGAGGAUGAGUACGUCGAUGCCAACAGCAUGGUGGUGGAAUCGAAUAUGCCGUCCAGCGACCAAAUACAAGUGGACAUUUAGGGUGUUAUAUAAUUGUACACUUAUAAAAUAAGUGCUUAUGCACUUAAUAUUCACAUAAAUACUAUUCAUGAAAUAAAAACCUUUAAAAUCG